ACUCCGGCUCGGUAAGUGAAUACAAUCUGCACCCCAGCUCUGAGCGGAACUUCCCCGUCGUCACGUAGCCACGCCCACACACCAGCACGCUGCAGGCCACUCCCCCUUCCCGCUCGGCAUCGGCUGCACCUGUCGCAAGAUGAUGACGUUGCCACACGCACAUGUGCUAUCUGGGCAGGGGAUUGCCACUUAGUGAAUGCAGGAAGCGCUGCGGGCUUCAGUUGUUUACAUUGAGGAUGAGCCGGGCCGAUUAGCAGAACCGUAACCAGAUUGCACUAACGUUUCCGCAAGCCAUUUACCAUCCAGAGUGAUCAUCAUUAUCAUCAUCAGAAGGGAUGGCAAAAAGCAAAGGGAAGGGGCAAAAACAAAAGACAACAAAAAAACAAAAUGUAUUUCACGUGGCAAACAGUAAAAGUGUCAAAGCCAAGAAUAAAGCAAAGCCAGUGAAGACAAGUCUAAAGAAGAUACAUGGCUGUGGAAGCGAGAAGGUGAGCACCAUUAACAAGGUAUUUACAGAAAUAGAAAAGGAGGUUGUACAAGCAAAACAGAAUAUUCCAUCAACCCAGAUAAAGAAAAAACAGAAUGCCAGCUCCACACAGGAAGCCCCACCAGAUGUAGACCAGGCUGCAGACUUGUUUUCACAACUGUAACAUUAUAAAUCAUUAAAUAAAAUCCAAAAUGUU